AUGAGCGACUUGGAAAGUGCCCGGGACGAGGAGCUGGUGUCAACGCUGGCAGAGCAGGAGAGCAGACUGGCGAACGCACACCGGAUCGCCCGGGAGGCCAUUGACCUGUGUGAGCUGUUCGUGAACCGGCUGACUGACAUGGCGUCCGCUCAACUGGCCAGGGGCAAGGCUUUUGGACCGUCCGAUGGGCAUUUCCGACGGUCAGGAGGAGUGGCAACGCUCUCGGGGGAAGAAGAGGGGGAGAGCUCAGAGGCGGAGCUGUCUCAAGGAAUUCAAUGGGAAGAGGCAGUUCUGCGCAUCCGGGCCCCUCAAACGGCCGCCCCCGAAGACUUUCCCAAGUGUUCGGAAGAGGCCAUCGGAGGGGACGUUGAACCGGGGAGCAGUCAGGUGGAAACCGGGGCGAAAACCGACUUCUGUUUUGGCACUCCUGGAAGCGCGGUGCAAUGCCCCGUGUGCCUGGACGACGUCACAAUCGUACCGCCGAUGGGCGGGAGGAGUGACCGGGAGGCCGUGACUGAGGUGGCGACAUUGAGAUGCGGUCACCACAUCCACCUCUGCUGCCUGCUCCCCUGCUUCCUCGCCAUACCCGAAUACUCGUCCCGACCGCGGCCUUCCGCGUUCCGCUGCCCAGUCUGCCGGAUUCCGCUUUCCGAAACCCUGGGGGCCCUUCUCCGGCAAUGCAAUUCCGCUCACGGCGGAACGCGGAUCCAGUCUGGCGGAGUUGGGCGCUCUAGUUCCGUCGCUGGAGCGUUCCGUCGGAUUGCUGCCCGGGACAGUCUGCCAGCGGCGGAAGAGGAUGCCCGGGUGCCGCGCGUGCGCCGUACUGAAGGCGGAACUGGAACCGGAAUCAGACAUGGGAACGGAACCGGUACCGAAAACGGACGCCCGAUCGGAACGACUCUCCGGGCCGUAGCCAGGCAGAGCAUGCCAGGGACGGGCGCCGCCGGACUGGGCAGAGGACGGCGGAACAGCGGAAAUGGAAACCAGAACGGCGGAGUCAGCAUCAGCGGAAGCCUGCUCACUUCGUUUCAGCGACCGUUGCAGAGCUCCUUCGGAUUAGAGGGGGCGGUUCUCGAUUCCGACGUUGGGCCAGUUUCCGAUUUUGGUCCCGGCUCCGUUUCUGGUUCCGGCUCCCGUUCCGAAUCAGACUCCGAUCGAGAGACGGAAGGUCCGCGGAACCGGGCCACGGCGCUUCAAGCAGAGACGGAACUGGAAGCGGUGCUGACGUCAGAGCGAGUGGCGCAGCCGGGUCUGCGGCGGCUGCCACGUGGCAGCCACGAACAGCUGAGACGUGUCAGUCCGUCGCCGACGCUCGCGGAAGCGAUCUCCGCCAGCAGGGAGCGAAUGGAGAUCCGGGCGCACGUGCGUGCGCACCUGGCACGGCCUGGGCCGAGUCAGGAGGCGACACGUGGCGACGAGAGCGCCCCUGCUGUUGACGUGGCAGCCAUGUUACGGGCCCGACGCAGCGCGGUUCUCUCCACCGACCCCGCAUCGCGUCAGCAGAGGCAGGCCCUGCUAGCUGCCAACCAACCCCCGGGCACAUCCCCCGGGCACGAUUACGCUAACCUAAACGCUAACCCAGGCGCUGAUCCGGUCUUGCAAGCCUCCAUUCAGCACGUUCACCCGGACGAGAUGGGGACUAUCGGCGUCCCUGCUUCCGAACGGUUCGCUCCUCCGGUUGUUCCUAACCGCCCGGUGAUAGGAAACUUGCUCACUCAUCAGGAGCUCUGGGUUACGCUCGACCGAUCAACCGCGGGCCGGAUGCGGGGACCCGGCGGCUCGGAACCAGACAUCAACCCGGGCGGUGCGAACCGAGGAGUUUUGGCACCAGGGGCGGUUGACGGAGCCUUCACGAGCGGAACUGUUGAGAGGCGGAGCAACGGAACGAGAGACCCAAGGCUUUCUCGCGAAGACGUCAACGAAGGUCGCCAAGUUGUUCCUGACGCACAGUUGCCCGGAUUCCAGCGCGGGUUAAGCGCAAACCCUCCCAUGUUGGAAGAAGCGCCCGAAGAACCGACGUACCGGCCAAGCCGGCUAGGGUUCCGUGGGCUGUGGGGCCGAACACACCAGUGGCAGCGGAACGUGCACGGACGUCCGGUUGGUGACGGCAUCGAGUACGAACGUCAGCAAACGAACAUCGGAACAGUCUCAAAACGGCGGAGCAGCGCCCGGGACGUCUUCUCCCGGGCGGCGGAGGCGCCGACUGUGGAGCUGGAUUUUGACUCGUGA